AUGACAUCCGUCAAUCAAGCUCCACCUCAAUUGUCCAAUAAGAAUUUGUUUCAAACAAGACCAUUCGUUGAUAAUGAAUUCAUCGAGACUACUAAAUCCAAGCAAACUUUUAAAGUGAUUAAUCCAGCCACUGAAGAAGUUCUAGCUGAAUUACCAGUCCAAACAGAAGAAGAAAUUGAUCAAGCUAUUGAGUCGUGUCAUCGUGCUUUCCAAACUUUUAAACAAACAAAUUCUUAUGACAGAGCCAAAAUGUUGCGCAAAUUGUAUGAUUUAAUGAUUGAAAAUUUGGACGAUUUGGCCAUGUUGAUAACUUUAGAAUGUGGUAAAAGUCUAGUUGAUGCAAAAGGUGAAAUCAAAUAUGCUGCUUCAUAUUUUGAAUGGUUUAGUGAGGAAGCCAAAAGAAAUUAUGGUGAAACUAUUCAAACCUCAAAUCCAAACAAUAAAGUCAUUACAUUGAGACAACCAAUUGGACCGGUUGGAUUAUUAUGCCCAUUCAAUUUCCCAACUGCUAUGGGCUCAAGAAAAGCUGCACCUGCUUGGGCAGUUGGAUGUACUUGUAUUUUGAAACCAGAUGCUCAGACGCCAUUGAGUUCUUUAGCCCUUGCUUAUUUAUCAAGAGAAGCAGGGUUCCCACCGGGUGUAUUCAAUGUAGUGUUGGCAUCAGUUGAAUCAACGCCGAUGGUUGGAUUGAAAAUUUGUGAGAGUCCCAAGAUUAAGAAAGUUAGUUUUACUGGAUCAACUCCUGUUGGUAAAUUACUCAUGAAACAAAGUGCACUGACCUUGAAGAAAUUAUCGAUGGAAUUGGGUGGUAAUGCACCAAUUGUCGUUUUUGAUGAUGCUGAUUUAGAACUUGCUGUAAGUCAAUCGAUUGCAUCCAAAUUUAGAUCAUUGGGACAAACUUGUGUAUGCGCAAAUAGAAUUUAUGUCCAAAGUGGAAUUUAUGACAAAUUCUGUCAAGCAUUUGCUGCAAAGACUAAUGAAUUCAAAAUUGGUAAUGGAAUGGAUCCAGAUGUAACUCAUGGUUGUUUAAUCAAUGCUAAAGCAGUCGCUAAAGUUGAAGAGCAUUUUAAUGAUGCAGUCAGCAAAGGAGCUGAUGUCUUGGUCAAAGGUGGUAGAUUGCCGGAAUUGGGUGAGCACUUUUAUGCACCAUCAGUUGUUUACAAUACUCCUAGUAAUGCUCAAGUAUUUCAUGAAGAAACAUUUGGUCCAUUAGCAGCAAUUGCAAAAUUUGACACUCGGGAAGAAGUUGUACAGUUGUGUAAUGAUACUCCUUAUGGUUUGGCAUCAUAUGUAUUUAGUGAAUCAUUGAAUACUGCCUGGUAUAUGUCGGAGUAUUUGGAUGUUGGUAUGGUUAGCGUAAACACUGGAUUAUUUACUGACGCUAGUUUACCAUUUGGUGGAAUCAAAGAGUCGGGUUUUGGAAGGGAAGGUUCACUUCAUGGAAUGGAUGAUUACACUGUUAUAAAAUCAAUUACAUUAGGAAACUUGUAUAGAUAA